CCGGGCCGUCCAGUCCGGUGCGCGAGCUGGAGGGACGGGGUGGCGGCGGACGCAGGGGCAUGGCCACCACGCGCAGAGAGGAGUCGGAGCGACUGCUGGGGCCGGGCGGGUCGCCGGUCAGUGACUAUGGAUCCUGUGACGACACGGUCGGUUCAGAGUGUCCCGCCGACUCCGAGUCAGCCAACUCCAGCGAGGACCUCUCGCACAAACCGGAGAGCGACCAGAGCCUGGCCGCUCACAAGAAGCGCUCCAAGUUCAACUGCCGCCAACUAAUGUUUCUGGGAACGCUGGCCUCCAUUACGAUGACGUCAUCUCUGUCGCUGUGCAUCUUUCCACCGUUCUUUCCGAAGGUGGCCGAGAGCAAGGGCUUCAGCGCGUCUGUGUACGGCGCCAUCAUCGGCACCAACUGCCUGGUCUCGUUCGUCGUCACCCCGUUCCUCGGCCGCCACAUCGAGACGAUCGGCGUCGGCUUCAGCCUGGUGAGCGGCGUCUGCGCCAGCGGCGUAUCCUGCAUCCUCUGCGGCAUGCUCGAGAUGUUCCCGGCCAGCAUGUCCUUCGUGUACGCGGCGGUGGCGAUCCGCACCGUGCAGUCGAUCGGCAACGCCGGCAUCAUCAUCACCACCUUCACCUACACGAACCUGCAGUUCCCGCGUAGCACCGGCAUCAUAUUCGCCAUGAACCGGACCGUGAUGAGCGUGGCCCAGAUGUUCGGGCCGGGCCUCGGCGGCAUCUUCUACGAGCUGGGCGGCUUCUACAUGCCGUUCGUCGUGUUCGGCGCGCUGCACCUGGUGACACUGAUGCCGCUGGUCUGUGUGCUGCCCGACCGGCCGGAGGCGGUCACUCCGAAGAAGGAGAGUCCCGAGACGCCGGUCAGACGGCGGCUGUCGCCGGAGACGGAGCGCGAUCAGGACCCGCAGCCGCUGCGGCAGAUGCUGCGCAUCCCCGGCAUCUGGGUGGCGUUCGUCUCGUUCCUGGUGUCCACACUCAGCACCGGCUUUCUGUCCAUCACGCUGGAGGCGCAGAUCCUGCGCAAGUACGAGCUCUCGCACAUCUCGCUGGGGAUGAUGUUCGGCCUGAAGGACGGCGCGAGCAGCAUCACCUCGCCGAUCUGGGGCCUGCUGUGCGACAAGUUCCGCUGCGUCAAGGCCUACGUGGUGGUGACCUCUCUGACGGCGGCCGUGUGCUUCGCCGUGUUCGGCCCGCUGCCGGGAGUGCCGAUCCACCAGACGCUCGGACUGCUCAUCACGGCUCUCUCCCUGUACGGCGUGGCCAUCGGUGGCAUGCAGGUGUCGGGCAUGGUGGACGCCCUGCGAGAGGCCACCGGCAACGGCAUGGCCGACGACCCGACCACGCACGGCGUGGUCGCCGGCAUGUGGAGCUCCCUGAGCGGCGCCGGACGCUUCAUCUCGCGCUGCGGCGCCGGCAUCCUGGUGGACACGAUCGGCUUCCCGCGCGCCUCCUGCGUGGUGGUGACGCUGCACGCGCUCAUGGCCGGCCUCGCCUCCGGCUACAUCUGUCUGUUUGGGGAGAACCAGCGGCGCGGCCGCAGCGAGAAGUCGCGCCGCCGGCGGCCGGCGGGCGCGCGCCGCCGCUCUCCGGCCAGUUCAGACGACACGCCGCCGCCCCACCCCAGCGGCGCGCUGCAGGUGCCGCUGGUCACUCCGCGCGCCCGCUACACCAGCGAGGGCCGCAUCACCUACCUGACCCACUCGCUGCCUGACGUCGGCGGCGCCAGCAGCUACAACGCCCUGAUGGCCGAGUAGUGACUUGCCCAGCUGUACGUCAACAGCUGACCGCCACCAGGGCGCUGCUGUGGGGAGCGGAGCGGUCCGUGUCUCGCCGUGAUGUGGCGUGCCAGCUGCUGGAGCCGGUGCGGUGGCGAGCAGCCGCGGAGACCACCCACCCAGUGCUGUGUAAAGUGAGGCAGUGCGAGACGGGCGCGCGGAAGCUGGCGACUCCGUGAGACACCAUCCCGAGCGCUGAAGGAGAUUGACGUCGACUCGCUGCACCGUUCUGCCGAUACCGGAGUGCGGGUACGCGCGCCGCAGGUUAUACCCCCACGAAGCAGCGCCGCUGUCCAAACGUCUCGUGACCAGCGUGUGAGGUGAAUGAUAGAAGACAGCCGUCUGUUGUAACCGGCGCCGGUCAACCGAACUCAGGAUAAGGAUGCUGACGAUACGCACGCAUAAAGCGAGACGUCUAGUCUGUGCUUUAUAUGACCUCGACUAUGGUUGUUGUGGAGUGCCAGUUGAUCGUAUAUGUAUUUAUUUAUCAAUUGUAUUUAUAUUGAAUCCAUUUGAUCGAUUGGUGCGUAAUGUAUUUCAGACAACUGUUCACGAUCCCUUAUGUACAGGAUGCAAGUGUCUUAUUGCAGUUGUGUGCAUCAUGCGUGCUGGUAACGCAUUAUGUUCCAUUGCAGUUGGAGUAAAAUGUGGUUCUUUUGCAUUUAAUUUAAACGUUUUGCUGGUAUGGUUUAUUUGGUAGGUACACACUACAUGCAAAUAAGACACAAAUGCAUAGAAACUGGCCAACUAAAAA